UGGUCGGCAUGUGAUUAUGGGGAUUGGGAGUAAGUAGCUUGUGUGGGAAGGUAAACAUUACUGGAGCCCUCCUCCUCCAGAUACCUGACAGUCUAGGUGUCCACCAUGAGCUAAAGCAGCCUGCAGGUGUUUAGUGAGACUCCAGCAGACAUGGUGGAGGUGUUUUCCGGGCGGACACUCCUGAACAAAGACGGGGACUUCGUGGACCCGGAGGAGGCGCUGAGCAACAAGGUGGUGGGCAUCUACUUCUCUGCAGGAUGGUGUCCCCCGUGUCGGGACUUCACGCCGGUGCUGAGUGAUUUCUACACGGAGCUGGUGGAGGACAGCGACCCACCUGCACAGUUCGAGAUAGUUUUUGUGUCUUCUGACAAGUCGACUGAUGACAUGGUUGAAUAUUACCACGACAUGCACGGAGACUGGCUCGCUCUGCCCUGGACGGAUGAAUAUAAACAUGAGUUGAAGCAGCGCUACAAGAUCACAGCGGUUCCCAAACUGGUGAUCGUGAAGGAGAACGGGGACGUGAUCACGGAUAAAGGCAGAAAACAGAUCCGAGACAAAGGCCUGGCCUGCUUCAGGACCUGGCUGGACGCAGCGGAGAUCUUUCAGAACUUCAAGGCUUAGACGUGGAGUGAGCAGAGUUUCAGAGAGCUGAAAAACCUGUCGCUUCAGUUCAACUCUGGAAAAAUAGCAAAUGAUGUUUCUUUUCAGACAAAAUGAUGCAUAAUAAUGAUUUGUUUCCCUGCUUUUUUUAGCCCUUUAGUACUAGAAAUCCUUCAGUUAAUACACUUAACCCUGGUUCAGCUGCACCGAAGUCACUGUUUGUCGACAGGUUUGCAAACAGACUCUUCUGCUUUAGUUGCAAGCCUUGCUCAAGCAUGCUAUGCAUUUAAAUACAUAUCUCAGGCAUAUCCAUCAGAGUGAGUGUGUCUUCAGUGUGAGUAACAGCUGCUGUAGUUCCUCAGGUUAUUUUGAAGAUAACAUUGAUUUACGUUCCUUAACAAGUUGAGCUUUGCUUGCACCCCCCCCCCCAAAAAAAAAGCAAAACUGUAGUACUAAGUGGAGCUGUUUGUAUAUUUUUAUAUCUUGUUUUUUAUGAGUUGGUAAUAAAGAUAAUAUAAAAGAAAUAGAACAAUAUCCUGGAUUUUUAUGGAUUUAUCUCAUGUGUCUGUUUGUUUUUUUUUUUUCUUCCAAAAAGCCCAUGACAAGAGCAAACAAACAGACUUUCUUCAGUCUCAUUAACUGGCAGAAAUCCCCCAGGAUCUUUUUCCAGCAUGCUAGCACAUUCACAUCUGUGGGCCUAAUUGCCUGUUUCCCUGGUGUGUGCUGACAUCGCUGUUAUCACUUCGUACGAACAACAUCCAACAGGCGUGAUCACUUUAUGAUGUCUCUGCACGGGCUUGUCUCGCCAGCUCUGACUGCCUUGUAGGUCUUUUUCAAAAAAUUCACAGCUGCUAAUGCCCUGGUUGUCGUCUCAGGGAGAGGGUGGUGCUCCUGCUUCAGUCAGGUCACAUACACAGAAAAAGGAACUACACUGUAAGAAAAGCCCGUAGAAAUUACCGUAAAAACUGUGAAAUAGCAACGGUGAAGGACGUUAAAUGUUACAGAUGAAAAUCUUUGUUGACAUUGUGUCAGAGUUUGUCUGUCUAACGUGUAAUAACUCAUUUAAUGAAGACAUUACUCAAAGAAUUCAAUGAUAGUAGGCC